UCGUCGUGGGCGAGAUGGUUCGACGGAAACGCUCGCCACCACCUCGCCCUAUCAACCAUCACGUGCGCCGCUGACUCAAUCCCUCCAAAGCAUUUUCGCGCCGUCGCGACACCGCCACUGGAAGCCUAUAGCUUUAGGAAUGCGUUCGCGAUGUUAGGCGGAACUACGUACUGCGUUUCUGGAUUUGGAAAGGGCCUCGACAUGAGGCCCAUGAAUUUCAAGGACACGAUUCAGAAGAUCCGAGUGUGCAGCCUGUGCAGCGUUAUUCCCAGCACCGUGGUUCUGCUUCCGUGCUCGCACUCGGUCUGUGAGCUGUGCUUCGACAAGUGUCUCGAAGACGGGGAACGCUGUCUGCUCGACCAAGAACGGCUGGGACAGGAAUGCUUAGAGAAGCUGACGCUUUCGGAAGAAAAACUUGCGACAUGGCAGGUGGCUUGCUGGAAUACGCCAUACGGUUGCACAUUCUCGGGUUCGAGCAUCGCUCUCCUGGAUCACUUUGAGAAGCACUGCAAAUUCCACGCGGUCUGCUGCUCUCGCUGCGACCACUACGUGCUUCGCAGCGACGUGGUGGGACACCUCAAGUCGGGAUGCAGUGCACUCCUGACCGAAGACGGACCAGGGUCAUCCUCUAACAGGCGCGGCGGUACAUCCGUCGGUGACGGGGGAAAGGCGAUGGGUGAAAUGAAAAACGCCGUUGAGAAAAUGGCAGACGAGCAGCUUCACCUCCAGAGUAGCUUGAACGGCCUCCUGGAGAGUGCUAAAUACCAAACAGCUGAGAUCACCAAAGUCCUUGAACUCGUCGAUGAAGUUCGGUGUUCGGUUCUUAUCGGUCUCGAAAUGACCAAAGCUAAUUGUAAAGAGCAAAUACUCCGACUGGGGGAUAACCUGUCAUCGCAGACGAUGGACAUUGCGCGUAGUGUGCGUCAGCUGAGACCCAGAAUUAUUCACUGGUACCUCGAAGGGUGGGAAAAAAUAAAAGAAGCAGUGCUGGGGAAGCCAGUCGUCUACACGGAGAGUGGAGUGCAAACGUUGUACGGAUACGCAGUCUCUCAAAACAUUGAGAUAAGGAAGCAGAACGAGGAACUGAGAUUAGAUUGCCACCUGAGAAUUCACGCGAGUCAGAACGACGAUGACCUUGAGUGGCCCUUUAAGUACGACUGUCACGUGGGUAUCAUUCACCCGAGACGUCACUCUAAAAUGUUCUGCACAGUUAACGCUGGCACACCGGAACACCGAGAGGUCUUCAAAAGACCCGUGGGAGUGCGAAACACGGGCUUGGGGUCCUUCCUGGCAACCGUGAAUUCGAUCGAAAGUCAAGGAUUUAUUCAAAACGAUACACUCCACUUGUUUGUGGAAAUUGUACCGUGAAUUUCUGCUAAACAGUGACGCUUUCUUGGAAAGCAAUAGCUGACUUAUAGCCAACCAACUUCUGUCUUGAACAUGUAUUUAUCAGGAUCGGCGGACAUAACAUGGGGGAAUACUCGUAACGGCAAGUUGUUUGAAUAACUCAAGUAUGUUAAUUAACAAUUUCAUUAUUAAUUUUAGGGGUCAUGUGGGAAUUGCAGUAUUGACGGCAAUUACUAUUUGAGACCAGACCAAAUAAAAAAUAGCUUGCGAAAAGUUAAUUUUUUUUUUUCAAAAUAUUUUCGCGUUUUUUUAAACAAAAUUCAAAAAUUGAGAGAUUAAAAUUAGCGUGACGAUCAUCCCCUCAUCUGAUGUCCACCAAGCCUGAUAAAUAUAUGGUGAAGGCAACUCGUACGACUAUCGCCACUUACUUCGAAAAGACAUGUGCGAAUUAACAUUAAACACCCUGUAGUUCAAGAAGACAAAGAGGCAAAUAAAAUGUAUACGUACGGUGCUUUCAAUCAA